AUGAGUAAGGUACCAAAGGAGCUUCUGCUCAGGUCGUGUGCUGACCUUUUGGAGUAUAGCAAUAAGACCAAAAAGAGGAAAUUCACCGAGACAGUAGAAUUGCAGAUCGCUCUGAAGAAUUAUGACCCGCAGAAGGAUAAGAGGUUCGCCGGGACUGUACGAUUGAAGCACAUCCCCCGUCCAAAGAUGACUGUGUGUGUGCUUGGAGAUCAGGAGCACUGUGAUGAGGCUAAGAAUGCAAAUAUCCCUUGCAUGGAUGCUGAGGACCUGAAAAAGUUCGGCAAAGAGAAGAAACCUUUGAAAAAGCUAGCUAAGAGUUACCACGCUUUCCUUGGGAGCGAGUCUAUUAUUCGUCAAUUCACCAGGGUCAUAGGUCCAAUCUUGAGCAAAUACGGCAGGUUCCCUAUUGUUGUGACGCAUAAUGAGCCGUUGGCUCAAAAGAUUGACGAAGUGAAGUCCACUGUGAAGUUUCAGAUGAAAAAGGUCAUCUGCCUAAAUGUUGCUGUCGGCCACGUGAAUAUGACUGCAGCAGAGUUGGCACAAAACAUCAACUUGUCAAUCAACUUCCUGGUAUCACUUUUGAAGAAGAACUGGCAGAACGUUCGAUGUCUGUAUAUCAAGAGUACAAUGGGAAAGCCUUACAGAAUAUACUAA